UAAUAUGUGCUGAGCUGACUGCUGAACGAAAUGUCUGCAAUAUGUCUGACUAUUUAGAAAUAUUUUUAGAAUAAGCCUAUGUACCUUAGCCAACUAAUCUUUGAGGAAAGUUAAGAAUGCCAUGGAUAUUUCAUGAUAAUUGUUUCAAUAAGAUCGAUAAGGUGACGACUUACGACGAAGAUAUGUGUUGUUGUGGAUAGUACAGGAUCCUUGUGUGCAUAUUGUAGCCGUGCGCGUCACGAACAUUGUGAGAUGUGGCGGCUGGUUGGGAGUGCGCUGUGACAGAAUUAAUUGAUUUUUAAUCCGCGACUGGUUCUGAGACAAAACGUCAUUGUCCACAUUCAACAUGGACCAACAGCAGUGUCCAGUUUGUACCCUUUUUCUACAUAAUGGUAUGACCUUGGAGUCUCAUUUAGAUACGCAUCCCAAAGACCAGGUUAUUAAAGCAUUGUGUAGUUUGGCCAACAAAGGUAGCAGUUAUGGCAGUAGAACAUCAACACCUGUUCAUUCAGAGCGUUCCUAUAGGAGUCGCUCUAGGACACCAGCCACCACCGAGGAUAGAUGGAAUAGUUCACAUCGCAACUCCGACCAUGAUAAAUAUUGGAGAAGAACUCCUAGUAGGCCUCCAAAAUCAAAUUCAGUGUUGAGUUCAUCUCGAAAUGCCACACCAGAUAUAAGAAUUGGUGAUAUAAAUUUUGAAAGUAAUACAUCAACUCAUGCUAAUCAGUUCAGUGGAGCACCAUUUGUCAUGAAAACUGAUAGAGUACAAAACAGUUAUCCCACUAUACCUGAAUUUGAACAACAAUAUAUUUACAUGCAAGAUCCACAGGAUGACAGGGAGAUCAAAUAUUCAAGGAGUGCAGAGUAUACUGCCCUCAAUAGCAAUUCUGCUGUGUUCAGUCACAACAUGCCAGCUGCAGGCCCUGCUGUCAAAUUGCAGACUACCUUGCUCCCUCCGGUACAGAGCAGGGGCCCAGACAUUGUUAAGGUUAUGCCUAAACCAAAUAACAUACUGGUGAAGACAAACGUAAGUGGUGUUCAGUAUAUAGCACCAAGCGUGAAGCCAAUGCAUGUGGUAGUUCCUACGAGUAGAACAUUCCUUCAUAAGAACAUACAGAAUAACAUGAUCGUGAGCAACAGUCUGCCCACUGGACAGAUGGUGGAUACAAAAUGUAUAUCCGGUGCAAUUCCUAGCAGCCAGUUCAGUCAGAUCCCAACAGGUGCUUUUACACCGGGCACAACUGUUGUUACUCAAAAUUCGCAAAUUAUAUACCAAGAAAUGGUCCAUAACCUUGAUGGUAAACCUUUCGUUUCGAGCAUACCUGCGGUAUUGACCAGCCACGAGAAUGUUACUAAUGUAGCCCAAACAAGUUCCGUGUAUCAGAAUGUGAUGGUUGUGGACCAAUUUGGGAAUUCCUCAUGUAUGUAUACUACACCACAGCAAAUCAUACCAAAGGCUUGCAAUUCUACUGUUUUCACCACAACCUCUAAUACAAGUUCAAGCCAUGUUGAUAAGACUUUAUCCAGCCGUGAUGCAAAUAAAACUCUAAUAAUAGAAGUGGCCCCAAUAGUGUCUAAAGCACCUGCCAAUGAAGCAGUGUCGAGCACAACAUUACCUCAACCUGAUCCCAGCACCCCUAGCUCUAGUCAAUCCGGCAAUGACAACGCACCAACUGAACGAAUAGAAGCUAAAAGUGACUCGGCAGUUACGACGAAAGGUCUCAAAAUUCUCAGUAACAUAAAGGUCGAAGUGCCUGUUCAGCAUCAUAAGAAUAUGCUCAACACAAUCAUGGAUCUGACGGGUUCAAAUGAUCCAGAUUAUCCCGAAAGGUGCCCUUCUCCUGAGAAGAUAUUGCCCGACUUAGAAGAUAGUGAUAACAAUCAGUUGUCAGAAGACACGCAGCCCUCUGCAUCGAGUGCAGACAGUUUAGUUUCGCACACAUUUUCUGUGAUAAAGAAUGUGGGGAAUCCUCCUGCUUACAAAGAGAACUCAAACAAAUCCACAGUAGUUGAUAGUAAGAUAGACACAGAGUUCUCUGAUAGUUGUCCAGUCCCUGAUUUAAUAUGUAAUGAAAAGCCUUCCGUGUCUCCGUGUAGUGAGUUAUCGGAGCAGGGAGACAACUCCACUGAUCGCCGCUUAAUGUCCCCUAAACCCCACAGCAGUCAAAGCUGUAGCAGCAGUGUAGCGUCUAGUAAUAAACCAGUUGUGAAAACAUACCGGAAUAAUACAUUAAGACUGAAUAACAUUUAUGUAAAGAAGCACAAGAAAAUUUUACAAAUAAAGAAUGCUAAGCCUUUCCCUCUAAAUAAUGAUAUAGAAGUUGAGAUAGAGCCAAGAGCAUCAUCUUCUAAUAAAUCACCAGAACACUACACAAUGAAUAAAAUGCAUCAGCCCGAGAAAAUUGAAAAUAAGGAGAAAACCAGUAAAUUGAAGACUGUGUCUGUGGAACAGAUUGUGGAGAAGGAGGAUCAAAAUGAUGAUCAUGAUUUUGAUGCUGAUACGGAGGAGCAGUCUAUGGAUAUAGAGCCUGAACCCUCCACUGUGAAAAACAGUUUUACAACAAGUAUAGAUGUAGUGCAGGUUAAGGAGGAGGUUAAUACCAGUAAUGAGGAGAGUUUUAGCAACGAAGCCAGCGGGUCGAAUCGUGGCCUGACGCCGUUGGAGACGUUGCGGCCGAUCAACGUCAUAGCGUAUUCGCACCUACCAGGAGAUGAAUUCGACGAGGAAUCAAAUCACAGGGAGCUGUUAGAACUAGAAGCGACAUCUAAGAACAAGCAGUUUGUCAGUAUGAUGAACGACAAUUACUUUGGCGACAACAUUUACGCGGAUUACUUCACACCGGAUCGCGUGGAAUCGUUCGACACCGACCGCGGGGAAGCGUCGUUUUCUAAGGAGACCCAGAAGGAUGGGAUUUAUAUUUGGGGUGAAUCGUCUCAGAAGGAGAAUGAGUUCGUGUUGCCGAACUUUGUACACGAGAGUUAUAAGGUAGCGGAGAGUAGCGGGAUAGAUUAUUCUGAGAUGCGAGAGGAGAGCGGUGAGCGGGACAGCAAGGCGGACGUGUUGAGUGAGAGCCGAAGCAGCGAGGCUCCGCUGAACAUCCGCGCGGACGAGAAGAUGCCGCCGCGUGGCGAACUUAGCGGCCAAGAGAGCAACGGCGAUAUGGAAUCACCAUGGACCGGGAUGUACACGGAGGUAACGCCAGCGGAGCCCUAUGACCUCAUAGCGCGCGAGAGCUGGGUGUCCGACGGUUCCGAGGUAGAUCCUGACGAGAAGGCGGACAACCUUGGCGACGAACUACGCUUCGCAAAGAGCAGACUUUGCACGUGCACUCAAUGUGGCGCCAAAUUCUCAUCUCCCAAGGAACUUCGGUCCCACAAGUCUUUAGCACACGCUUUACCCACGUGUUCUUCCACCAAGACCUCCUACAGCCGAAUGGUGACUGCUAGAACUAUUAAGAAGGAGGAGAAGAUUGAAGAAAGCUUGCCAACCAGUACACUGCUUACGUUAGACUCAAAGAAGACAAUAGCGACUACAAUACUGCAAGUGUACGACGUUAUGAACGAGGCCAAGCCCAAAAUCGAAGCUCUAAUAAAACAGGAGCCCAAACGGAGGAGGAAGGACUAUGUGUGCCCCACUUGCAAGGUGGAUCAGCUGACGGAGUUGUCUUUCCACGCCCACCUGAAAAUCCACCCGCUGGAGUGUCUCACGUGCGGGAAGUGUUUUUUCAGGCGAGCCAACCUAGCGCUGCACAUGAAGACGCAUUUGGGAAUCAAGAAUUACAAGUGCGAAGUGUGCGAGAAGCGGUUCGUGACCCGGCAGAAGCUGAUGGAGCACCACAACGCGCACACGGGCCGGGCGCCCGUCAAGUGCACCGUGUGCGACGACACCUUCCGCAGAUACUCCAACAUGGUGCAGCACAGAGACCGCCACCACUUCCAGAAGAAGGCGAAGGUGCGCGACUUCGUGUGCCGCUGCGGGCUGGUGUUCCACUCGCGCGCCAAGCUGCAGUGGCACGCGGAGACGCACGAGGAGCGGCCCAAGGCGUGCCUCUACUGCAGCGACAAGUUCGUGCACGCCGCCUCGCUCACGCGGCACGUGCGGCGCGCGCACAACGACUGCUACACGGCCGCCCGCCGCGGCAGCGCCGACAACGUGCCGUGCCCCGUCUGCAAGCAGGUCUACCUCAGAACAAACCUCCGUGCCCACCUUCAAACCCACAGCGGCAAGCGACCGUUCCUCUGCAUAAUCUGCAACAAGGCAUUCACCACCAAAUGGAACCUCAAACUCCACCGAUGGACCCACAUGAGCCGUUCAGCGAAGCCCUUCAAAUGUACCCUAUGCAAAGGAGCCUUCAUCCGUCAAACCGAAUAUAUAUCUCAUAUGAACGCUCACAAGUCAGUCAAACCGUACACAUGCAACUACUGUGGAUGCCAAUUCAUAAGGAAAUAUAACUGUCAGAGGCAUGUUAGAGAACAUGAAAUGGCCAAGAAGUAUGUGUGUAAGGUGCCCGAGUGUGGUAAGUCAUUCCAUAGAAGUUAUUACUUAUCCGAACACAUGAAGGUCCACAGCGGAGCUAGACCGUUCUCGUGUAAUAUAUGUGGUAAGACAUCGAGCAAUAAGUCCAAUCAUAAUAAACAUGUGAAAAUACACCACACCAGGGAAUCGGUGGCUACGGAGGCCUAAUUUCAUAGACAAGUGAUAGGUGGUGGCAGUAUUGACAUUUGUUUCAUGUCUUUGUCCAGUGUCACUAAAACUUGGGUAAUUAAUAAUAAUAAGCAUCUAAAUAAGUCUAUUUUAAACUAUACCUACAAUAUUUCUUCUUGAGUUGUACUAUUAAAUUAUACCUACAAUAUUUCUUCUUGAGUUGUACUAUUAAAAUACUUUGAAUACAAAUAAAAUUUUAUGAUUUUACCGUCAAUACUGCCGUUUACCUCAAAAUAGAGACAAAGUUUAAUUGGAAAAUAAAAGCAAUAACAUACUUGAUAAAAAAAAAUAUAUAUACGUUAUUCUGAAGUUGAAAAUUGGUUUGUAAUUGCCGAUGCUAAUAUAUAUUUUUAUUUCAAUUGAUUACACGGUUUGUCUCUUGGACGAUAUUUUGUUGUUUUGUAUAGUAACGUUCAAAAUAUGUAAAUAGUAGGUAAAUUUCAAAUUUAAUUGUGUAAAUACUGGACCAAGUGUGUAUAUUGUAACGGAGUAUAGAAAAUGCAUUUUGCUGUUAAUAAAUUGAUGGCGGCCGCCUUACAGAGCUGAUUGUAUCGUCAAUAUAUAUGUCUGAUAAAAGAUGAUUACUCUAAAAUAAAAUGGUUUUGAAAAAGAAUUGUAUAAAUCAAUUUUUUUUCCAAUAAGCGAGUAAUUUUCGCGGCAACAGAUCACAGAGAUUCACAAAAGAACGCGUUCGUAAUUUAAUUUAUCGAAUCAGCCAAUGAGAUCGUGUGAUUUGAAAGUAACGGACAUGAUUGGUUGACGGAAAGCUUACAUUUUACUCUGUAAGGCGGCGCUAUGUACAGUAGUCAAAUUGAAAGGGCAUUUCGGUAUAGGUACCCCGCUAUACAAAACUUUUAUUUAUUAUUAUAUAUGUUUUUUAAUUCAACACGUUAAAUAACAUUUUUAUUUUCCGUCACUGAUAACUUUUUUGUUUUGAAAUCUUUCCUAAAGCGAAGGUGCUUGCAAGAAAUACAAUAUCGAUGAAGUCUUUUAAAAACAAAAACUAACAAUCAAUUUAAAAAAAAACUUUCACAAUUUGUAAAGAAAAUGUGAAUUAAAAUGCGGUCUACCUUGGCAGGAAAAUUAUAUUUAAUUUCAGAUAUAAAAUCUGAUCGAUCUUUAUGUUUAUUUGAAACUGAUUAAUAUAAGAAGAUAAAAAAAAAAUUAACAAAAAAAAAAUAUGGGUAUAUUUUAAGUUCACAUUAUUUUUUUAGUGCGUAGGUAGAUAUUUUUUUUAUCCUAGAAUCUGAUUUGAGAGAUUUGCAUUUAAUUAAAAAUGGAAUAAAAUUAAUUUAAAUUGUCUAUUGUCAAGAGUACCUGAAACCGGUGAGCUUGCAUAAAGAGAGUUGGAUGAUGAGAGUGUAUGAUGCGAAAGAAGUAUGCAAAGAUCGUGGCAAGUAGAAAGACGUGGUCCGAAAAAAAGGCGUGAUUUUGUAAGUAUGUAAUUAUCUAAAAAAUUUAAUGUUUUAAAUAUCGGUACAGUCAUGCUCAUAUCACCUUCACAAUCAUUAUUUCAUGAUAUUUAGAGCAGAGGUUAAAAUUGAUAUGCGGUUGACUGUACCUACGUGUGUUAUCUAAGUGCGGUAUUUUUCCAUCACAUUCAUUACGAUUCUGUAAAUUUCGGGUUAAAAUUACUUUAAUAUUUUUCUUAAGCAGAUUUUUACGAAGAUUUGCAAAGGGAAGUCAAGUAAAACUAGAGUAAAAUUGAAUUUGUAUAUUGACUUUGACUACUUCAAAUAGGAAAAGAUGUCGGGAAAUACAGCAAUCAAUAUUCAAGAAUACAUUUUAAGUAAGUUUUGAAUAUAUGAAAAGACAAACAAACUCCUUGCGGAUUUUGUCUCAGCUCUUAAAACGUCUUUUUAAUAAAAAACAAUAAUAAGAAAUUAUAAUUCCAAGGUUUAAAUAAAUAUGAUAUAAUAAUAUGUUAUUGACUGUACUUUUAUAAUCGACUUUAUUUGUGUUCAUUAUUUGUUGCAAGCGCCUUUAUUGCUGUAAAAUGUAUGUCUAUGAAAGAAAAAUGUUUUUGAAAAAAAAAGAAAGAGGUUGCGACUGGUUUUUUUAACACAUUUGCAAAUUAAUGAAAUAAAUAGUUCAAAUUUUAUUUCGCCAGAUUUAAAUGAAGAAAAUAUAGUAAAUGUUGAUUAACAAACCAUAUAUUAUUUAUUUACAUAAGUUUUAUAAACAACAUAUACGGACAUAGUUACGAUUCAGCGUAUAAGAGUUAGCCGUUGUUUUUUUUUACCCCACGAUCGAAAAUUUUUGAGUAGGUAUUUAUUUUCACAUUUCAUUUUAGUUUUGCUUAAAGUUUAUAACGAAUAAUUUUUAGUUAUUAUAUAUGUACACCAUAAAACCCAUUCAUUAUUAAAAAUAAUGAAAUUGAUCUUAAGUAAAAUGUGCUAAGUGUUAAUAUAUAUACCUACAGCAUAUAUUAUCACACAUUACAAUGGAAAAUUACAGCGAUAAGUCUACGUGACUCGGACCAUUCAUUGUUCAAAGGCGCAUUUUAUUAAAUACCUAUUUUUUUUUUCUACUAAUUAACGACAUGCGCUUGCCGCGACCUCUAGCGGAUCUUAAAAUAAAACAGAAUAAGGUCAGAUCUUAUCGCAAUGAACGGACAGACGGAUGAAACAAUAGUGGUUGAUGUUGCGCCAUCGCUCACGUGAUGGCGGCACGGAUUUUUUUAUUGAAUUUAAAUUUAAAAUGUUUAAUAUUGGGGCAAUUCAAUUAUAUUCGCCUUUUUUUACUUCAACCUUGAAUUGGCACCGGACAAAAUUAUCCUGUCAAAAUCUUCAUGUAAAAAAAAACAGUUUUUCUACCGUGUAAAGUUGUGAGAUCCAUGUAAUACCAAGUGGGUUAAUUAAUUUAGUCCUUACUUAAGGGAACUUCCGUCUUAAUGGAUUACAUAAGUAACUAUCACAUCAAUAUUGAAAAACUUUUACAUUUUAAAUAAAUAGAUUGACUCGGGGCUUCUAAGGGCUUGAAUUACUUCCAGCAAAGGAUGGUACGGUCGUGCCGGUUAUUAGCUCAAUUUGGUGGACUCAGAUUUGGCCAUCGUCAUAUUCUUUUCUUUAUUAAUAUUAUUAAAAAAACUUUUUUCAAAUCUGACCUUUUGACAUAAUCAAUGAACUUUUUUUAUGGUCCAAUGAGGUCGAACUUGCACGCAACCUUUUUGUUUUAAAUACUAACAAUACCAUACCACAUGUGUGUGUGUGUUUUUUUAUCACAAGUUUUGUUAACGGGAAACAUAAUAUUAAUCUUAAUUAGUUAGUUUAAUUUUAUUUAUUUCUAUUGUAUUGUUAUAUACUUAAUUUCGUUUUUAAGUUUGGCGUAAGUAGUAGAAAAAUACUUUGACAGUUUUUGUAGUUGUGAAACAUCACCUUUACACGCAUACAAAGUGCACUAGUUCUAAGCAGAAAAGUCUUUUUAAACGGAUAUUAUUUCAUGAGUUUCGGUUUAUUUAUUUAACAACAGAGAACCCCUAUAUAUGUAAUUGACGUCACAUAAUAUUACCUAAGCCAGAUUUACAUUACGAAAUCAGUGGCUUGAAAUUAGUUUGAUAAAAGUAAUUUGACCAGUAAUUUCACGUGUAGACGUUCGGUUUUACAAUUCAUGCAUUACUUUUGUGAAACUGGAGUAGUUUCGUGCUAUGCGCAUAUUUUUUGUAAAACAAUUGUCAUGCAAAUAAUUUCGUAAUGUAAAUCUGGCUUUAAUAUGAGCGUCCGAAGUGAAAUAUUAAAGAAGCGAAUUCCUGGUAACCAUGCCAGCAAGUCAUAGUCAACUAUAGAAAAUGUCCGUUUGAUAGACCUGUUUGAAUUUAGAAAAAAAAACGAUUUCACGCACAACUCACACACUAGUGUGAAAUGUAAUGUUCUUUCGUUUAUCUAUGUUAAUUUUUUUUUUAAUAAUCAAGGAUAAUGUAAUGCCAUUUUUGCGAUACCGGCAGGGAAGCCAUGUUGAGAUUAAAAUUAUUAUUUCUAUUUGUUUGAUUUUGAUGAUUGGUUGAAUGAAACGAAAAGUUAAAAUGAAAUGUUCGCAUAUGUAUAGAGAAAUUGUCACAUACUUGAUUAAAAUAAAUGCAAUUUAAUACAAGUAUAGGUCGGUUGUCGAUUCUGAGGCUGUCUGUCUUUAAAUGGUCUAAGGUUUCAACGUUAUGAGGGCCGUCCUAUUAUAAUUUAUUAGUGCUUUGUAUGCGUCUACAAUUUGUGCAAUGACAUAACAUUCGUUGUUGACUUUUUUGUUAAAAGUGAUUUUAAUGUGACUUUAACUUUAUAUAUAUUUUUAAGUCGUUGGCGUAGGAUUCACAAAACUGCCAAUAACAAGGGGGGAGUUUACCUUUAAAUAAAGCUUUGGAACAUAACUUGAAAUAUCUACACUGUACCUUUCAAGUAUGUAUGUAUAAUAUUAUUUAAGUUAAGAAUUCAUUCAUGACAUUUCUAACAUAAACAUAUUUUUUUAUGUAUAGUAACCUAUCUUAUUUCUAUCGUAUCCCACUAUUUUUAUAGGGGUUACAGCUUUAAAUAUAGCAUACCUCGCUAUAUUGCCGGUGACCAAGUGGAGAGAGAAAUGUCGAUAGGUGACCACCGGGCCCCGAAACACUUCUGUGGAGGGUGCAACCGGGAACACGCAGAUGAGAGAGAGAGAGCUAUAUUGCGGAUGAAACGCAAACUAGCCCCCUCAUAGACAAUUAAGUUUAUCUCACCCAUAAAAUUGUCUUUUUACUAAUGUUUGGUAUACAGUUCACUCGAAUAGUUUUGGUAUACCUACUUUAUAAUUUUAAAUAAAUAUUCAUUAAUUUGUUACAUACAUGUCACUUGUUAUUUAUUACAACGAAAAAUUCAAGAAAUCCAUAAUCAAUUUCACAUACAUAAUAUUGUGCAUGAUGAAUUUCAGAGUAUGUUUCAAAGUAAUAUUUGUUCGUUGAUAUAUGAAUUCAGUAUCACCGUUUUAUUAAGAAAUUGUAAUGUAAUAAGUAGAUUAAAUUAUUUCAAUUUACUUAAAUGUAAAUAUUUGGAAUUAUUAUUAUUAUUAAUUUGUAAUAAUACGCCAAGAUUGUAAGAUCUUAUAUAUAUUGUGGUGAUCUACCAUUUGUUCAUUGACAAGCAAAUGAAGGUUUACCUCGGGCAUAGACAUAAAUCGAAAUAGACAACGCAAUUUAUACAUAUAACGUAUUAACUGUCGUAUUAAUAAAAGCCUAGAAAUUUAUUCUACAUUGAACCUUUCUAGAGAUCUUUGUUCAUUAUUUCGUAAAUUAUUAAAACUCAGUAUACUUAAUACGACUAGUUAUGUGGCCCGCUUUUCAUACAUUUAUGUUGUCUAUUUCAAUUUUAGUCUGUGCCUUUUGACAUCACAUUCACUAGGCAGUUAUUUUGUGAGUAUACCAAAAUUUUAUUGUUUCGCUUUUCUAACAUAAGGAUAUGUUCCUUAUUCAUCAUUCAAUUUAACAUGCACUCAACCGUAUAUCAAUUCACCCUGGAACUUUACGACGAGAUCAAUUUGCAGUGAAUUUGGGUAGGUUGAUGUGCCGCUGGUUGUACAUAUGAGAGCAUAGUGGCUCUCAAAUAUGUAGGCUUGGAAUUAUCACAAAGUUUUCAAGUCUCGGUCACAGCCGUAUUCCCAGUGAUUGGACCGUGAGACCUAUAACCCAUCUGGAAACCUACGUAAGGUACACGAACCAUAACCAUUACGUAAUCGUAACCAUAAUGGUAUGCAUUGCUUUUUCAGGUUGGUUAUUUUUCCGCGGGUUAAACCUAAACCUGUAUCUCAGAUCGAAUUGACCAUUUAUUCUGCUUUAGAAACUUUAAACAGACUUGCUUUGAGUAUGAUUUUGCCUCCAAAAUCUUGAGUUUCUGAGUAAACAAUAACGAAGAUUAUGUUCGUUAAUUUAAUAGGUUACCGCAAAAGUCGCCUAGUGAAUGCGGUGCUUUAUUAACCGUUUGGUGAUGAAAGAAAAAAAAAACCAUGAAUCACACCAGCUGUGUUCAAAAGAUAACGUAUAUGAUUCUUGCAUAUAAAAAUAAAUGAUCUCGUGUACUUUUAAACUGGAAGCUGAACUUACAUAGUUGUGUUUAGUUAAUUAUUGAUGGGCGGCGAAACGAGCGGAGGUAUUGAAAUUCAAUUUUUUUUUUUUUUUUUUUUUUUCAGUAUUUACUUGUUAAGUAAAGAUUUUUCACCGAAAACAGAAAAUUAAUUGUCUGAUCGUGAUUUUUUGUUAAACACAAGCCAUGCGUACUCUUGAAAGCUUAGUUACUCUUAGUUAUUACUCGAAAACUUCGCUCGUUUAGUCCAAGUCCUCGUACUCCUCCGCACUUGGUUUCUAGACGGAUUUUGUUUAUUUAUUUACUAUUAUAAGUUUCUAGUUUACAUGUAAAUAAUAGGCAUAUUUUAUAACGUGGGUCGUACACCAAAAGGGAACCGAGUCUUCUGAACAAUCGUCACAGUUUGUAUAUUGUCGGUGCAGGUGAUAUAGAAAUUGAGUUUGUAUAUAAUAUGGACUGUGCGUUUGCUGGCCAGACUCGGGCCCCAGUUAUGCGGGGUUACUGGUCGUGUCUGCAAUAAAUUAUAUU